AUGGCUCCAGGACAGAAAAAACCACAACAAAAUGGACAAAAAAAGAAAGGAUAUAAUCCAUAUAAUAAAUUUAAAAAUCGAUUUUGGAAAAAGAAUAAAAAAGAUAAUGAAAACUCAUCGAAACAGGAUGAUGAACGACAUAAUCAAAAUCAUUCACAUGUAGGACCUUCAAGUCCAGUUAAAUUUAUACAAACACCUAUAACUACUUAUAUUGAUAUUACUGAAAGACCAGCACGUUACCGUGGUUGGUCACUGUAUUUUCCAGAUACAGACAAAGAAUCUGAUCCAAGUUAUUUAUCGGUUUGUCUAUUAUUUGAAGAUUAUUUUAAACGUAUGAAAAAUUUAUAUGAUUAUUCUGAAAUUGAACAAAAACAAUCGUUUACUAUUAAUUAUCAUGAAGUACUUGAAGAUUCAGCUUUUCAAGACAAAAAACAAACUUGGAGUUUAUUCUUUUCCGAUCAAAAUGAAACAACAAUGCGAGUUAUUGGUUUAGCUAUGCAUCAAUGCAUUAUUGAUGAACAAGAAGAAAAAGAUCGAUUAGCAGCUAAUGAAUGUAAUCAUCCAACAGUACCACUUAUUGAUCUUCCAGUAAUUCAUGCACGUUUAGUUAAUUUUUCACCAAUGGUUCGAUUAAAAGAUGUCAAAGCUCAAGCUUAUGGUAAAUUCGUGUCGAUUCGAGGAGUUGUUGUACGUGUAAGUAAUUCACAAUGUUUGGUCGUUCGUCUGGCAUACGAAUGUUCAACAUGUCGACAUACAUUUGGUGUAACAUGUGAAAAUGGUAAACAUACAGAACCAGAACGUUGUCCAACACCAGGUUGUAUUGGUCGAUCAUUUGCUCAACAACGUUCUCAUCCAUUAACAACUAUUAUUGAUUGGCAAACAAUUCGUUUGCAAGAAGUUGCUGCAGAAGCAUCACGAGCACCUGGUCGUAUUCCACAAACAAUUGAAUGUGAACUGACAAAUGAUCUUGUUAAUAGUGCUAUUCCAGGUGAUGUUGUAGUUGUUUCUGGUGUUGUAAAAUUAAUGGUAGAUGAAAAUAGUGGUUUACGUAAAAUAUCUGAUCAAUCAUUACUUCAAGUUUAUAUUGAUGUUAAUUCAGUUGUUAAUCAACGAUUAAAUACUUCUGAUGCAGCAUUAGGUGGUAACAGUUUAAUGAAUACAAUGGAUUUUUCUUUAUUUGAUUUAUAUGGUAUUCAACAAAUUCAACAACAAAAAAAUGUUUUAAAACUUCUUGUUCAUUCACUUUGUCCAAGUAUAUAUGGACAUGAACUUGUUAAAGCCGCAUUAUUAAUGGCUUUAUUUGGUGGAUUAGUUCGAAAUGAAGAUGGUGCUUCACAUAUUCCAAUUCGUUCUGAUCCACAUGUAUUAAUCGUUGGUGAUCCAGGUCUCGGUAAAAGUCAAUUGCUUCAUGCUUGUGUUAGUGUUGCACCAAGAGGUGUAUAUGUUUGUGGUACAAGUUCAACACAAUCUGGUCUUACAGUUACAUUACAUAAAGAUAAAGAUGGAGACUUAAUGUUAGAUGCUGGUGCACUUGUUAUGGCUCAUCAAGGUUGUUGUUGUAUUGAUGAAUUUGAUAAAAUGAUAUCACAACAACAAGUAUUACUUGAAGCCAUGGAACAACAAUGUGUAUCUAUAGCUAAAGGUGGUAUUAUGGCAAGUAUACCAGCUCGAACAUGUGUUAUUGCUGCUGCAAAUCCAGUUGGUGGACAUUAUAACAAAGCAAAAACAGUAGCUGAAAAUUUAAAAUUAAAAGGACCAAUUUUAAGUCGUUUUGAUCUUGUCUUUAUUCUUAUUGAUCGAGCUGAUGAUGAACUUGAUUAUCGUUUAUCUGAACAUGUUCUUGCUCAACAUAAUCGUUCAAUUCGUUCAUCACAUAAUAAUACAACAGUGAGUUUAAAUCGAACACAAAAUGAAGCAGUAACAGUGAAUCAUCGUCCAGAACAAAUAUCAUCAACACUUCAUGAAGAAAUUCCAUUACUUGAACAUUUACGUCUUAAACUUGGUGAAUCGAUUGAACCAGUUGGACCAAAUCUUUUACAAAAAUAUAUUGCUUAUGCACGUCGAUAUGUCAAACCUCGUCUUACACGUGAAGCAAUUGAUAUUCUUAAAAAGUUUUAUUUUGAAUUACGUAUUGCUCAUCAACGUGAUGGAACAACUCCUAUUACUUUACGUCAACUUGAAUCAUUAAUGCGUCUAACUGAAGCUCGUGCAAAACUUGAAUUACGGGAAGAAUGUACUAAAUCAGAUGCUCUAGAUGUUGUACAAAUAAUGAAAGCUAGUAUGAUCGAUACAUAUACUGAUGAAAAUGGUCAACUUGAUUUUUCACGACUACAACAUGGUUCCGGAAUGAGUCGAGCAUCAGAAGUUAAGAAAAUGAUGAAUGCUAUUCGAUGUGUUAGUGAAAAAAAGACAAAUCCUCUAUUUUCAAUAGCUGAACUUAAACAAAUAGCAACAGAUAUUAAAAUGAAUAUGGAUAGGUUUGAUGAAUUAGUAGCAAAACUCAAUGAUAAUGGAUAUUUAUUGAAAAAAGGUCAUAAUUUAUAUCAAGUUUCUUUAGUUGAAUAG